GUUUUCGCGGACUUCCUGUUUGAGUUUUGAGCAAGCGGUUGGCUAGCGUAUCUCAGAAAAAUAACAUUGAUAGCAAGUUAACGAUAGUUGUCAGCAUGGGGUGUGAUGGAGGUACUAUUCCCAAAAGGCACGAACUGGUAAAAGGUCCGAAGAAAGUUGAGAAGGUUGAUAAAAACGCAGAGCUUGCUGCCAAGUGGAAGUACUGUGCCCUAAGCCAGGAAAAAUUGCGGCGUCCCAUUGUUGCUUGUGAUCUCGGAAGGCUUUUCAACAAAGAUGCAGUGAUCGAAUAUCUUUUAGACAAAACAGCAGAGAGACCCAACACUGAGGUUGCAACACAUAUCCGUGGUAUCAAGGAUGUGACAGAGCUGAACCUUACUGAUAACCCUUCCUGGGAGGGGGAGGGGAGGAACACCAAGGGAGACCGCUAUGAAGACAUGCACUGUUCCAUGUUCAUAUGCCCUGUGGUGGGCCUGGAGAUGAAUGGCAAACACAAGUUCUGUUACCUGCAGACCUGUGGCUGUGUGUUCUCUGAACGGGCUCUGAAGGAGGUCAAGACUGAGAUCUGCCACAAGUGUGGAGACCCGUUCCAAGAUGGAGAUAUGGUGGUGCUCAAUGGCCCCAAAGAUGAAGUGGACAAACUGAUGAAGAGGAUGGUGGAAAAGAGGGCCAAGGCCAAAACCAAGAAAUCAAAGAAGAGCAAGGGGUCUGAGAGUGUCUCUAAAACGUCGGAUUCGAAAGAGAAUCCAGAUUCCUCUCAAGUUGAUUCUGUGGAAGGAAAGACUUCAACCCAGACUGACGGGGAAAGCAGUCAGUCAGAAGCAGGACCCUCUGGAUCAGCCAGUUCUUCCAACGGAGUGAAGUCCCCAGUGGGUCCUGGGAGCAAGAGGUCUAUCCAGGCAAUGGAGGAGAAGUCCGAGGUCUACAAGUCCCUCUUCACCUCUCACAGCUCUGCCAAACGCACCAAAGCCCAGACCUCCAACUGGGUCACUCACACCCCGUAUCAUUUCUAAAUAGACCCAGUUGCCCUGUCAAACCCAAGACCAAUUGGGGCUGGAUAUAGACCCGCUAAUGCCUGUACCUGCUCUCCCUGUAGCUCUGUAUGCGCUUGCGAAGAUAUGUUUAUUUAGGUCAUAAGAUGCAGGGCCGUUUGAACAAUCACAUUUUUCUCUUCAAUUUUCAUUGUUUCAAAUUCAACAUCUUUCAGAUGACCAGUGCUCAGGGGAAUGUUUUCUCUAUUGUGGGGAAGGAGGGGGGGGGGUGAAUCUUGUCAGUGAAAGUUUUAUUUUCAUUUAUAUAAAUGUGGAUGCCACUAGAAUGUUGACAGCAUUUAUUUACACACUUCUCAUUUUGGAGACACCUUAGGCUAUUCUUCAAAAUAAAGGUAAAUAUUUGUGGAUCGUUGGAUGCGGGGUCAGCUGUUUUCCUUUUAAAAUAACUUUUGUUGAUCUUUCAAAGGUAUACCACCAUUUAUGAUGCAACACAAUGCUUGUGGCCUUAACCGGAAAAAGGCGUUGGCUGUACUGCAAUAUACUUUUAAAAUAACUUUUGUUGAUCUUUCAAAAGUAACCACCAUUUAUGAUGUAUAAGUUUGCUUAUCGAGUAUGGUCCAUUGAUAUCAACAACAGGAUUUUUUUUUUAAUAGAACUAGUAUUGGUCUUUUUCUCCUUAAACAGCACUCUUAAUGAAACUCACAUACUUGUUAUGCUAUUAAUGUCACCUCUGGAAGUAGAAUUGUAAGUAUGUUUUGAACAUGUAUUUACAAAUAUAUAGAAAAAUAAAUGAUUGGUCUACUAUUGCACAAUG